AUGACCGAAACUGGCAAUAAUAGCAUCGCUGAAUUUGGUGUGCUACAAAAGAAGAAGAUAUCACACCAACCAUUGCAGAAGCUUUCAGCAGCUAUUACAAGACCAAGCAAAAGGAAGCGCGUAACAAUCUCAUCCAUACUUCCGAUCGGCAAAGAAGCUCAAGCAGCAUUUGACGCUCUAGAUAUUGAUUCAACAGAUGAAGUUUACUAUCCUGAAGGAUGGAUCCCUUCCAAUCAUGCUCUUGAUGAACACAAUGGAGCAAUUAAAUUUAGUUGGAAAGGCUCUCCAAUGAAUAUAGAAGGACAAGCUUAUUAUGAUCAUCUUCAUCCUGCCGAAAUAAUGAUGGCUUCUUCACUAAGGUUAUCACCUGUUCAAUACUUAAAAUGUAAACGUACACUCAUAAUGGCAGCCAAGAAGCUUCAAGAGCAACGGGUUCCCUUUACCAAGUCCGUCGCUCAAAGAUUAUGUAGAGUGGAUGUCAAUAAGACAAGUGCUCUUUGGACAAUCUUUGGUCAACUGGGAUGGUUCAACUAA